GAAAAAGAGUGCUUUUAUGCCGGAUCUGUAUUCAUUUGUAGGCAAAAAAAAAAAAGUAUGAAGAUGAAGUUUGUCUCAAAAUUGCUGUCAUUGCUCAUGUAUUUACUCGUGAAUGUUGUGUCUGAUGUUGACACAUACACAGCGUUUGUGAUAGAGGGAGAUUCAGUCACUCUAAACUAUGGCAUGACAAUAAUCGAAAAAGAUUGGGUUACUUGGAGAAUUCACAAUCUCAUGGCUGGACGCAAUGGAUAUUUCAGGGAUAUCUGCACAGACGUUCACUGUAAAUACCGUAAUAAUGGACUGAGAGACAGACUGAAUGAGAAUCAAAAUGGAUCUCUGAGCACCUCAAGCGCCACAAUCACAGACUCUGGAGAUUUUCGGAUUUUUAUUCGCAGAAGAAACAAAGAGGACAGUUCUGUUGUUGAUUGUGGUGUUCCUGCUGUUGAACAAGAUGAAAUGAAGAGAAAGUCAGUGAUUGAGGGAAAAUCUGUUACUUCAGACACCUGUGUAAAAAACCCCCAAAAUAAUUCAAUAACAUGGUAUUUUAAUGACAUUCUCCUCGCUGAAAUCACUGGAGAUCAGAGUAAAAUCGGUGCAGAUGUUCAGUGUGAUGCUGCUGGGAGAAACAGACUAAAACUGGAUAAUCAGACUGGAUCUCUGACCAGCACAAACACCAGAAUCACAGACUCUGGACACUAUAAACUGGAUAUCAGAAGCAGCAGAUUCAGCUGUUUUAGGAGCUUCAGUGUUUCUGCCACGAAUGGAGAGCCAGUGUCAGUUUCAGUGAUGGAGGGAGAUCCGAUCAUUCUAAAAUCUGGUAUUAAAACACAUCUACAAGAAAACAUUAGAUGGAUUUUUAAUGACACUCUCAUUGCUGAAAUAACUGGAGAUCAAAGAAAGAACUGUACAGAUGUUCAGUGUGACGAUGCUGAUGAGCAAUUCAGAGACAGACUGAAGGUGAAUCAUCAGACUGGAUCUCUGACCAUCAUGAACAUCACAAACACAGACAUUGGAUGUUAUAAGCUGCAGAUUAUCAGAGAAAGAAUCCAUGAAAAGCACUUCAGUGUUUCUGUUAAUGAUGUUGCUUCAAAUGAACUAGAUGAAAUAAAGAAAAUGUCAGUAAAGGAGGGAGAAUUUGUUACUUCAGACUGUGAUGUUGCAAAAAAAAAAAAUAAUUUGAUAAGAUGGUAUUUUAAUGACACUAUCAUUGCUAAAAUCAAAGGAGAUGUCCAAAAGAUCUGUACAGAUAAAACGUGUAAAGAGAGAUUCAGAGACAGACUUAAGGUAAAUCAUCAGACUGGAUCUCUGACCGUCACAGAUACCAAAACCACAGACUCUGGAGUUUAUAAACUACAGAUCAUCAGCAGCGGAGUCAGCAUCAAAAGGAGCUUCAGUGUCAAUGUAGCUGGUUGGGUGCUAGUAUCAAAGAAGGAAGGAGAUUCAGUCAUUAUAAACACUGGUGUUAAAACAAACCAAAAGAUUCAAUGGUAUUUUAUUGAUACCCUCAUUGCUGAAAUCACUGGAGAUCUCCGUAAGAUCUGUACUAUUGUCUGCUGUCAAGAGAGAUUCAGAGACAGACUGAAUGUGGAUGAGUUUGGAUCUCUGACCAUCAUGAACCUCAUAACUAAAGAUGCUGGAGUUUAUAAACUAAAGAUCAAUGGCAGCCUCGUAAAAAUCUUCAGUGUUUCUAUCGCUAGUUUUUCUGUUGGUUCAAACAAAAUAUCAGUGAAGGAGGGAGUGGAUUCUGUCACUCUACACACUGAUGUUGAAACAAACCAACAAAUAAAUAUUAGAUGGCGUUUUAAUGACAGUCUCAUCGCUGGAAUCAGUGGAGAUCUUGAAACUAUUUGCCUAGAUGUUCAGUGUAAUACAAGUACUAAGAAAUUCAGAGGUAGACUGAAACUGGACAAUCAGACUGGAUCCCUGACCAUUGCAAACGUUGACACCACAGACUCUGGAAUUUUUAAACUACAGAUCACUAACAACAACAGCAGCAGCAUCCAAAGGAAUGUCAGCAUUACGGUCACUGGUGUUUCUGCUGAUGAACAAGAAAAAAUGAAGAGAAAGUCGGUGAAGGAGGGGGAAUCUGUCACUUUAGACACCAUAGUAAUAAUAAGCAAACUAAAUAAUGUAUUGUGGCUUUUUAAUGAAACUUGCAUCGCUGAAAUCAAUGGAGUGCAAAGGAAGAUCGGUAAAAAAGAUCAGGAAGAUUUCAGAAUGGCAGUGGAUCAUCAGACUGGAUCUUUGACCAUCAAAAAUACCAAAAUCACAGACUCUGGAGUUUAUAAACUACAGAUCACCAGCAACAGCACAAUUCGAAUCACCAGUGUCAAAAGCUACAGUGUUACUGUCACUGCUGACCUAACAGGAAUAUAUACGGCUGUUUAUGGUGUUCUUCUGCCGAUAGUCACAUCUGCUGGUUUAAUUUACUCUUGCAAGUGCUAUUCAAGAAGGAGAUUUAUUACUGUUCUAACAGACAUCAAGAAGCGGCGCAGACAUCAGGCAAAUGGUGAUGAAGACUCAUUCUUAGAUCAGACUGAUGCUGCAUUGGCAAACACUUCUUAUGAAAUGAGUGAGACAUUAACAUAACCUUAUUUUUUAUUUGGAUACAACAUUGAGAUGAGUUGGGAAAGAAGAGAAGUGGAUAAAGCUCUUUCUCGAGGAGAAAUAGUUUAAUGAUUAUACCAACAUUUCAGCAGUCGGCACUUAUAUCAUUCAAUAAACACUAAAUGGAACUAUAUCAAUAUGCUGUAUUAUUGACAAAAAAAAUUAUGUUUUAAACAAGAAAACAUUUAUUAAGCAUAUAGCGUUAGUUCUGGCAGGUCACAUGAGUCAAGUUCGCAUCAGCUGACUCUCAGCUGAUCACAUCUACCCAUAGGAAUUCAACAUCUAUCAUGGCAUUACUAUAUAAAACUCUAUUCAGUAUUAUUCGGCAGCUCUGUCGCUUGCUCAGGAGCAAAACACCCUCCUCCAUCCCCAACUCUUCCUUUUGCCACUGUCAGGACUUAGCUUCUGAUAUUCCUCACUGAAUCAGACUCCUUUUAUCUGAAUAAUGUCUUACACUUAAAUAUCAUUAAGUACAUUAAUGAUAUCUGCUUUGUUCUGCUCUGUUCUGUUUACCCUGGGGGUUUUUUAUUGCUGCUCUCCCUGCUCAUUCAUGACAUGCUGCAUGGAUGGGCUGGGAGUUUUUUGCCCUGAACAGAACCAUCCUGCCAAACCAAACUGUAUGCUAACUGUCUAUCAUUUUGAUGACAGUGGUCCUGACAGAACUAAAAUGCUGUUUUACAUUUGUCACAGAACAAAAAUGCAUUUUAAAUAUAUAACGAGAGGAAUAUCCCUGAUGAAACACC